UUCAUUUUUUAGCAUUAUUAUGGCAACUCGAGUGAUCUCACCGGCCCGAGAGGCUUGGAGAAAAGGUAUCAUCCCUUUCCUCAAGUUCUCAUGGGAUAAGGAACCUGUUAUUGUUGUGUCUUGCCUUCUUGGUUCAUCAUUGCCUCUCACAUGGUUACUUGUUCCUAACUCAUAUUGGGAUAAAGUGAAAAGAGAUGCUGAUGCUAUACCAAACAAAUAUCCAAUACCAAUCAGAUAUGUGGAAGGGAAGACGGGCGAGCCAACCUCAGUAUGACAUCUGUAAAAAAUGCGUUGUGACCUUUGACCCUUGGAGUGCACCAGAAUGUUCAUUACAUUACAUACCACCAAUCAGCUUCCUUUGAAGAGUGCAAGGAUAUUCAUUGCUCCUUCAUAUUCAGGGAAAUAAAUGACUGUUGAAAGAACAGAUAUUCAAUACACACAUUAACAAUUUCUGCAUUUUGAGUCAUUGAUAGGUUAUUUAUAAUCAAAUGCAUAUUGUUGCAUGUCAUGAAGGAUGGGGGUUGUGAGGGCUUGUUUUAAUACAAUAUGGGGGAAGAAAAUGGGGUAACUAUAUUGAAUAUUAUGCUCAAUGUACAAAAGAAAAGUUAGAUUUACCAUGUUAUUUGAAAAGACAAUGAAUUUCUGAACACUACAGGGAAUUGACGGGCGCAUAGAGCUAACCCAGUAGUAGUGUUCCCAAGACAUCCACAUAUUAACACAUAUGUUAGUUCAUGAAAUAAAACUUCAGUCAAUGUGGUAAUGUAUUGAAUGUACAUAUAAUGCAUUCUAAAUAUUAUGUGGAAAUUUUAUCAAGUCAUUUGAUAAUAAUUCUUGCUGUAUAUAGAUAUAUGUAUAUGUUUUUAAAGUGUUUGAUGUGAGGUCAGUGAAUGAGCUAUGCAUCUUACAAAGGAAACCAUUAUUUGAGGAAAGAAUUCUUUUGAAUGGUAGUGAUGUUACUCGCAAUAAAAUGAGAUAACAAAGAGA